GACAGUUAUAGUGCUGUCUCUCCUGUCUGCUCGCUGCGACUCAACCGCGCUGGAUGGCAGGGACAAGCCGGAGCAAACAUUUCAGCAGGAUUCCUUUCUGCAUUGCAGCACCCUGCAUGUUGAUCAGAAGCACUUUACAGAAGUCUGGCCUCAUGAGUGUCGGACCCGGGAGGCCUGUUUGGGCUCUUGCUGCUCUUUUGCUUGGUGCUGGAUUGCUGGCUGUCACCUCUACAUCCUCCUCCGGUGGAAAGAAAGUGGCUCAAACAGCGCUGGCUCAUGUGACGGCAGCCGCCGCGGGCCCUGGUACCUGGUGUGCUGAGGAGAUGCUGGGCUUCCACAGCCUCAGGAAGCUGCUGUCCAGAGAGGGUGUAGAUGUUUGGUUCUGCUCCAUUUUGGGCUCUAUUGCUGUGGGGCUCAGUGGAAUCUUCCCGCUUCUGGUGAUCCCUAUUGAGGCAGGAGCAGCACUGAAAACUGAGGCUGGUUGUCAGAACCUAAAGAAGCUGUUAAGUUUUGCAAUUGGAGGUCUCCUUGGUGAUGUCUUCCUUCAUCUUCUGCCUGAAGCCUGGGCUCACUCAUCCAGAAAUAACCUGCGUGAGAAACACUACCACACCCAAGGAUUGUGGGUGCUUAUAGGACUGAUGUCCUUCCUGAUCCUGGAGAAGAUGUUUCCAGACGAGGAUGGUUCAGACAGCAGUGCCGUGAAUCAUGUCAACAAUUCAUCUUGUUCAGCAGAGCACCGGAGUGACCAUUUUAUAUCUUCGGAAAUAAACGGUGUCUGUGCCAAUAACAAUGCCAGCUCCAAGCCUACAACUGACACGGUCUCACAGGCUGGACAAGGGAAGAUAAAGACAAGUGGCUAUCUGAACCUUCUGGCCAACUGCAUUGACAACUUCACCCACGGCUUGGCAGUAGCAGGGAGCUUCCUAGUCAGCAGGAAGGUUGGCUUUCUGACAACUUUUGCAAUCCUUUUGCACGAGAUCCCCCAUGAGGUGGGAGAUUUUGCUAUUUUGCUGCGUGCUGGGUUUGAUCGCUGGAGUGCGGCACGAAUGCAGUUAUCCACAGCACUGGGUGGAGUUCUGGGGGCGUGUUUUGCUCUUUCUGCUCAAUCACAGCAAGGUGCAGAAAAUGCCACAGCCUGGAUCCUGCCCUUCAGCUCUGGAGGAUUUCUUUACAUUGCGUUGGUCAAUGUGGUGCCUGAUCUUCUGCAGGAGACCAAUUUCAGGCAUUCUUUACUUCAGAUCCUGUUGAUCUUUUGUGGUGUCGGGGUUAUGGCACUGCUUUCUGUUAUAGCGGAAUAGGCAGAGGACGUCAUGUCUUUCCCUUAGAGACUUUCUGAAUGGAAAACUGACAAACUACCAGGUCGGAGGACUGAUGGACAAUUCUCUCUACUAUUUAAGCUUUAAAAAAGGUUUAAGACUGAAUCAACGGGAUGUUCAGACUAUUAGGUUUGUAAGUGUUGUAUAUUUGUGGGUAAUUCUUUUGUCUUGGACCUAUACACAGGCAUUUUGAAUCACAAUUGUAGCUGACAAACACCAGUGCAUAUCGUGGGGAAGGAUGGUACAAAAAGAAUAAAUCGCAAUGAUUGGCUUGUACAGUGAGAUUGGGAUUUGAAAAGAAUGAUAUACAGUGAACAUGUUAAUAACUUUUGGGACACUGUAUACAGUCCUGUAAUUUGUUUAGCUGACCAUUGCAUGGUUUUACUAUAAAUUUGAGUCUUUGUUAACAGUACCUCCAUGAUAUAAUGCAUUUUUAUCAUGGAUAAGUGUAUACUAUUUAGCACCAAAAGUGUUAGCCUGGUUGCUGUAGUAUUUGGCAGAAUUUCUAUCCUGAUUUGUCUGCCAUCCUAUCAAUUCUCACAAAAUCAUGCAUGAGUUUAAUGAGCAGCCUUUGGGUAUUCAUGGUAGGAUUUAUGGCUAAGCAACCCACACACUUGCGUAGACACCACAGGCGGAAUAUCAUGAAGAACUCCCCACAGACGGUCAUAACGGGUGCAAUACCUUUUCAUUGCCAAGUAUUAAUAUACGAUUUUAAAUUGUGUUUAUUUAAGCAUGCUGCUUCACUUUUUUUUUUUUUUUUUUUUUUUUACAAUGUCAUGUUUCAUUUAAUUUUAUACGUUCCACUUUACCACUUGUGUUUAACUCUGGAUAAAUACAGAUGCAACAGUGCAAAUUCCAUUUAACAACGGCUUUUUGUUUUACAGCCUUAGUGUUAGUCAUGUCCAUUACUAGUUUAUUCUUUCUCAUAUAUACAUUUUUAUUAAUUAUUAGAUUAGCCACAUAUGUUUCUUAGGACACAGGGCCUUUUUAAGCUUGAAAUUUUCCCUAGAAUGAAAAACAGGAAAAACAAUGCACUCUGUAAAACAGAUUGUACUGAAAGUAAUGUCAGACUUUAAGUCAAAUCAUGGUUACAUAAAUGUAUAUAUUUUUCAAAGAUAUUUAUUAUAUAUACAAAGGUGUGAGAAGGAACAGAGUUUUAUUUCUGAAGUUUUAACACUCCCAACACUGUUACUAAAAUAAAAGAGUUGAAAUGUCUGUAGUUUUAUUUGUUAAUAUACUUUUUCCACGAAAUGUCUGCAGUUUGUGUGUACUUAUUUUUCACAUUUGCCUUUCUGAAUGACUAAUAAACUAUUUUGUUGUA